UCUGAGUAUGUUGUCCAUUUGGAUAUAGGUACUCCACCACAAAAAUUUUCGGUAUUUCUUGAUACUGGAAGUACAGAUCUAUGGAUUCCAUCUACUAAAUGUAAUCCGGUUCUCUGUCCAUUCGCUCGGUUUGAUAGUACACUUUCCUCUACCUUUACACCAACCGAUCAGAACUUUGUCAUCAAAUAUGGAAUCGGAAAUGCGACUGGUACCUUUGUGACAGAUACGGUGUCUAUUGGAGGCGCCGUUAUAAAAGACCAGCCAUUUGGGCUGGCAUCUACAAACCGAGACUCUGAAUUACUUAGUAUUUCCGAUACAUCAUCCAACGGAAUCCUCGGAAUGGCCUUUAUCAGUCUUUCGAAAUAUAAUAAUACUAAUGGAAAGGGCCAUGGCUCGCUUAUUUUUAACAUGAUCGAACAAAGAAUUAUCACAGAUCCGAUCUUUUCUAUCUACCUUGGAGACCCUAGCACAAGUGAAAAUUCUGGAGAAAUCAUAUUCGGUGGCAUCGAUCCUACUAAAUACACUGGUGAACUACUAUAUGUUCCUAUU